GAAAUGUACUUUUGGAAACUCUAAAAUCGAGCCCUUUUCUAAAAUUUGACGAAUGCGCCAUAUAUUCCAAUUUCUGUAAAACACAGAGAAAUAACUAAUGCCAAAGAAUCAAACGCGAAGGCAUAACUACAGAGACCUCCGGUUUAACUACAUCCUCGGCUAGAGAGAGAGAGGAGAGAAGAGAGAGAAAUGGCGGUGAGACAGAAAGCAGUGGGAACACUUCCGACGCUGAUGCGAGUUCUUCGAAAGGAGUCCCCAAAGCCCUCAAACCAACCCUUGCCAUCACUCCGACGCGCUUUCUCUCUCUACGAUCAGAUCAAUCUUAUCGAUAACAUCCCCGAUGACCAAUUACGCUUCCAAAGCUAUACCGAUACAGGGUUUACUGUGAAUGGAGUUCAUUAUGAAGGCAGCUUGCUUUGUGUUGGAAACAUGGUAAUGUCUUGGAGUCCGAAGAAAUUUUCAGAAAUCACACCUGAUAGCUUAUCGAUCUUUAAAACAGUGCGGCCUAUACCAGAAAUUUUGAUACUUGGUUGUGGGAGGUACACUGAACAAGUCAAUCCUGAACUCCGACAAUUCAUUCGGUCGAUGGGCAUGAAAUUAGAAGCAGUUGACUCGAGAAACGCUUCAUCAACUUACAACGUACUGAAUGAGGAAGGCAGGAUUGUGGCUGCUGCAAUUAUCCCGUAUGGAGUUUCUUCAUGAAGCCCAGACCCUAUACCCAGAUGGUUUUUGGUUUUUGCCUUUUCCCCAGGAAUGGUCUGCAUUAUAUUCCACCUCUCCUUUCCGUGAUGACACUAGAGGGUAUAUUAGUUCUCUUUUUAAUGAGUAGUGACUGACUUGUAUCCCAUAGUACCAAUUUUUAGUUGUGUGAAAUUAUGGUUUCUGAGGGAAUAAUUUUUGAAUCCAGCAUCUGUCAUAUUCCAAGAACUUUGUACGCUGGACAUCCAUGAAAGCUUGCUAAACGAAAACCUGAAUGCAUCUUUUCAUUUUGCUGGUUAAAA